CCCCGCCCCGAAGCAAACGGCCCCGUGCCGGCGCAAAGCUGCCGAGAGCCGGCAGCGUGACCCGUGCGCUCCGGAACCCGCCCGCCGAUGGCCACCACGCUGACGCCUACGCAGCGCUACUCGGCGGGGGCGCUGCUGGCGCUCGCGCUCCGCCAGGCGCAGAUCCACCAGUCCGUGCCCCUCGGCGGCGGCUCCGCCGACGACGAGGAGCGCGCCAGCAGCGCCAGCGGGGGCUCCUCCGCCUCCACCGCCACCAGCAGCGCCUCGGGCUCGGACGCCGCCGCGGACGCCGACCUCUGGACGCACGACUCCCGCGGCCUCCUCCGCCCCGUCUUCAGGUUCCUGGAGAUCGAACCCCAGGCGUGGGCUGGCCUGGAGGAGACCGCCGCGUCGCCCGAGGCCAAGCAUCACAUCGGCGCGUUUCUAAGGAUAAUCUUUGAAGAACACGGUGCGAGCUCUUCUGAUAGAUUGGAGCAGGAACACGCCUUGGCGAAAGCAGUUGAUGUCAUGGCAAUGAGCUUGGGCAGUGGUAUUGUGCCAGAUGAGAAAAUCAAAGAGGAGGGUAAAGACUCCACGACUUCUAGCUCUGGAACCGCAGAAUCACCAGAGGCAGGCUCACCUGAGAACUUGCUUGGAAUUGACAAGUUGUCCUUGGAUGAUGUUCCUGCUAAGCAUCACCGGAAGAUGGCAUUGCUGUAUGCACUUCUCUCUGCGUGCGUGGCUGAUAAACCCGUAUCACAAGAGGAAGAGGAGAGGAAGUCGUCUCACUUCAGGAAGGGUUAUGAUGCUCGGCAUCGUGUUGCUCUUCGGUUGAUAGCAACGUGGCUUGACAUCAAGUGGAUCAAAAUGGAAGCUAUAGAGGUAAUGGUCGCAUGCUCUGCCAUGGCUGCGGCAAAGGAGCAAGAACAAGAGCGAGAAACCGCAUCACCGAAGAGCAAGUGGGAAAAAUGGAAGCGUGGAGGCAUUAUUGGUGCAGCUGCCUUGACCGGAGGAGCAUUGCUGGCUAUUACAGGGGGUUUAGCUGCACCAGCUAUUGCGGCAGGAUUUGGUGCCCUAGCUCCAACACUUGGCACACUUGUCCCAUUCAUAGGAGCUAGUGGAUUUGCUGCUAUGGCUGCUGCAGCAGGAUCUGUUGCUGGCUCUGUAGCAGUAGCUGCUUCAUUUGGAGCUGCUGGAGCUGGCUUGACGGGAAGCAAAAUGGCGAGACGAAUUGGAAAAGUGAAAGAAUUUGAGUUCAAACCUAUUGGCGAUAACCACAAUCAGGGUCGCCUUGCGGUUGGCAUCUUGGUCUCUGGAUUUGCUUUUGAUGAGGACGACUUCUGCAAACCUUGGGAAGGAUGGAAGGAUAACCUAGAGAAGUACAUCCUUCAAUGGGAGAGUAAGCAUAUAAUUGCAGUGAGUACAGCAAUACAGGAUUGGCUGACAUCAAGACUUGCAAUGGAAUUGAUGAAACAAGGUGCAAUGAGAACUGUCUUAAGUGGUCUUCUUGCAGCAUUUGCUUGGCCUGCUACGUUGCUUGCAGCUACUGAUUUUAUUGAUAGUAAAUGGUCCGUUGCUAUUGACAGAUCGGACAAGGCAGGAAAAAUGCUUGCUGAAGUGCUUCUAAAGGGACUGCAAGGAAACAGGCCUGUGUCUCUCAUUGGGUUCUCGCUAGGAGCACGAGUUAUAUUCAAGUGUUUACAAGAGCUUGCUUUGUCAAGCGACAAUGAGGGACUUGUCGAGAGGGUUGUGCUCCUAGGUGCACCAGUUUCGGUCAAGGGUGAGCAGUGGGAGCCUGCCAGGAAGAUGGUUUCAGGAAGAUUUGUCAAUGUGUACUCGAGAGAUGACUGGAUUCUUGGUGUUACCUUCCGAGCAAGUCUGCUCACCCAAGGAUUAGCUGGCAUCCAGGCCAUUGAUGUGCCUGGUGUCGAGAAUGUUGACGUUACCGAGCUUGUUGAUGGCCAUUCGUCGUACUUGUCAGCUGCCCAACAGAUCCUAGAGCAUCUUGAAUUGAAUACCUACUAUCCUGUUUUUGCCCCCCUUCCGGUAGUCAGCAAAUAGAAGAUGUAACAGUUGCACAGUAUGCAUUUGGGACAAGAUGUAAAUAUCUCCGUGAGAAAAAAAAACUUCUAAAUUUACUAACGCUUUUACAUAUAUAUUUACUUAACAGAUGUUAAAAUA